AUGACAGUCAUUGUCUCUUGCAGCCGGACACUGUCCAAACAGCUGCCGUUCCGCUCAGGCGUCCUCACGCGACUUAUCUCCACCAACUCGACCUCACGCGUUGCUCGCCCUCAGACCGAAUGUACGACCUCCCAGCAAAAUGGGGGCAGGUCACAUGUAUUCACGCAGCCAUAUGGCUCGCUCAGAGGCUAUGCUACCACCAAUAAACCUGCAGGCCGUCCUAAAGCCCACACCGGCCGCACCCCGGCCAAGCGCACAACCAAGACGACCACCACAACAGCCAACCGCAAGCCGAAAGCGAAGCCGAAGGCCAAGCCAAAGAAGAAGGCAGCGAAGCCUAAGCCGAAGGUGAGGAAGGCGAAGAAGCCACCGUCUGCCAGUGCACUCAAACGCGAUGCUCGUGAGAAGCGCAAGGAAGUCAAGGCAAAGGCGUUGCUAGACCAGGAACCCAAACAACUUCCAGAACAAGCCUGGCAACUCUAUGUUUCGCAACGCUCUACCAAGGGACAACAAGCUACUUCCGCUAUCAAGUCUAUAUCCGAUGGUUACAAGAACCUUCGGCCAGAGGAAAGAGAAGCUCUCAAUCACGCUGCCAAUGAGAAUGCCGGAAAGAACCAAGCGGCAUACAAGCGCUGGGUGCAGACGUUCACGCCAGUGCAAAUCAAGGAUGCCAACACUGCUCGCGCGCUACUUCUUCGCAGCGCAAAAGCCGAUAAAGUCAAACACCUCGCGCGCUAUCGCUCCAUCAAGGACGAUCGUAGUGUCAAGCGGCCUAGAAACGCGUACAGUUGGUUUCUGGGAGACCGUAUCAAUACCGGCGAUUACAAAGGCAUGACCAACGGUGAGGCCUUCAAACUUAUUGGAAGAGAGUGGUCACAACUUCCCGCAGAUCAGAAGAAGUCGUACGAGGCAAAGGCUAUUGCCGACUUCAACCGCUACUCUGCUGAACACAAGACCGUUUAUGGCAUUGACCCACCACAGACCAAGAGGAACGCCAGCGCCGCCUCAUGA